CAAAUCAAAUAGGAGGUGUGCAAUGGAAACAUUGUGUCAUCUGGUUGCCAUAGCAACGAAAUAAACAAUGUCAGUUCGUGUCAUCACUGGGAUACAAAAAUGGAUGUUUUAAUGGCACAUUAGUGGCCGGCAUGCAAAUAAACCAAGGUUCACGCUCAUAUUUACGAUGUGCUCGUUGAACGACAAAAACGGUGGUAAACAUUUCUCUGAAAGCUAUAUUUGAGUGAGGUUGUUCGUAGACUCCUCACCAGGCGCACAACUGAAAACACCGACGGCACUGACAACAUUAACAGCGCCUUUCUCUCUCACCAAUUUCGUCAGUGGGGCGGUCGUGACCAGAAUCAUGAGUCAAGGGGAAUUUUACAGUUGUGCAGCGCGGUGUCUUUGAUCGAUCGAGGUCCUCGCUGAGAUCUAAAAUAAGCCCCUCAUUAGUUGUCGUGGAGAGUUGUUUUAACCUCGGAUUAUACGUUUAACGAUCGCUUAAAUACCCACCAGGAAAACGUUUAAGAGAAAAUGGAGAAAAGAUUCUUAUGUCACAGCUAAUUUCCUGACAACCAGUGAACUGAUACAACGUCCAGCGUUUUGAUGGAAUUCGGCACCGAGAAGGAGUGUUUUAAGAUGUCUGAUCCAGAUUUGCGUGUUUUCUGAAGUUUCUUUUGGUGUAGUAUAAUGUUGUAACGUUUUGUUUCGAGCGCUGUGUGGUUGGCGAUAAAUAUUUUGAUCAAGAGGUGGGAUCAUGGGUUGCACGAUGUAUGGGUGGGGGAGACUUUGGUUGAAUUGCUGGUCCCUUGGUACGAUUCACUACUUUUAAGGAAUAACCUUAGCCUCGUGCGUGGUACAAUAUGCAUUUGGGUAACAAGUGUGCGCUCAUCUCGCUGGAGGAUUGUCCACAGGUUGUUGACUGUUUGAAGUAUCUUCUUUUCACUGACCGCGGGCUUUGUUUUCUCACAACAGUGUAUCCGGCGCAAGAGCUUGGAAAUCCCUUAAUCCAGACGGGCAUUUUAUGGGGGAAUGAUUGUUCACCGUUUUGAUUUUGCUAGCGUGUUUCUCUAUUCAUAAAAACUGCUGCGCGAGUCCGUGAUGCGAUUUCAUUGCACGGGCAUUGUCUAAACGGCGGUUAAUUUUCCUCGCAGGCCAUUUGAUAGCCAACCACCCUUUCUUCAAAAGUUAAUGAAAGCUUCGGGGAACCCAAGCCACCCAUACAUUUUAAGAUCGCCCAGGCAACAAAGACCGCUUCUCUGUUCCACCUUUCUUCGUCGGCAUCCUUUCACGCACUGAAGGGAGGCGCCACUCUCCCUCUGUAUUUCUCCGUCCUUGCUCUGCUGCAGAUCAAGUGGACACACAACCCCCACGACCCUCUGUCACACGGUCACGAAAAUAAAAGACCGGCAUCCCUUUUGUGGCUGGUAACCAUCUGCGAGGGAUCGCUGGCUGUGAAUGGACGCAGCGCUCCGGGAGAGGCCGAGAGCCAAGAACCUACCUCAUCGAUUUUCUAUUUUUCUCACCGAGGGGAAAUUGGGAGAACACGGCCAGGCCUAUUCAUGGCUAUUCAGAGGAGUUUACUGCGCGCGCGGUUAGCAACAACAGGUAACAUGGACCGUGCUUCGAUCUGAGCAGCUUGGGUACGUGCCGGGGAGUGUGAACGACAACCAAGUACAAAGUGUGCUCUGAUAUUGUGACUGGACAUAGAUCGGUGCUGUUGUGAUCAUAUUCAUAAUGCGUGGGGAUAACAGCUUUGUGAAGGAUCAACAUUACCAUGCUUUGUGUGAAGACCAAACUAGGCCGGCUUGUAUCCACUGGUAGUUUAUCGUGUGCGAUUAUGGCAUUUUCACGAUACGAGGAGCAGGUACUCUUAAAAUAAUUUCCUUUACGGAAUUACGGUGUAAUAAUUAAUGAAUUCCUUUAGGGUUGAAUAGUCUGCCUGUGAACGCCGACAUCUCGACGAGACUUCAAAAAUUGCCGGCCGACCACUUGUGGGCGAGAACUCACUGCGCGUUUUGCAGCUGCUGCUCUCCGAGUGCCGAUCGCCAAGGCAACGCCGGCCUUGCGUCUCCCCCCUCUUCCCUUGCCUGCCGUGCGAGUCCGGGAAUGAUUCAAGAGGAACCCAGCAGAACUACUGAAUGGUGACGUGAGGUUUGAAGGUGAAUUGCGCACACCCUUCUCUCAGACCUGGCCAAGGAGGGGUCGUCGAUCAUCAGUCAACCCCGGUAGAGAGACGAUUCGCCUGGGAGAAAUGCCAGCCAUUUACCCCGUGGCCUCCGUACACGGCUUGUAGCUGUUUAUCUCAGAUGAAAGAUGUGGACUAUGAACGUCUGUGUCUGAGAGCGCUUCUUGUUUAUUAUGCCGGUCAAACUUCUCGCCACUAACCCGUUUGCCGAGCCGGCCCGCUUAGAGUACGAGCCAUCACCCUCACCGGCCAUGCGGGCCUACCGCUGGAAGAGACCCCUUGGGGUUCUCCCGCAGUACCUCCGACCGACCGCCACCGGGCACGAUGUCCCCCGCCUAUCCGGGCACGCGGGGCGGCCGCACACCCAGGGCAGGCCUUCCGAUGCCCGGCAGCUGUUCAGCCUGACCCAGGCGGCUACGGAGCACCUCCGAGCGGCAACUCAAAUGGGCUACCGGGAAGAAACCAAGAGCUGUGACCCAGACCUCUACCGGAUCGGCGGGCCUCCAUUCGGGGCCAACAACAACAACAAUGGUGGUAACUCAAACAACACCGGCAGUCCGAAAAGCAAGACUCAGCUGCCAAAUAUAAAACAAGAGGAGGGCUCCAGGCCUGGGUUUGAGCACAGACUGGGCAAGCAGACCUACAGCAGGACCGAGGUCCUGCUGAAACUCCAGAAGGGACGGAAGCCUCAUGGGAAGCAAGGGCCGACGGCGAGCACUGGGGAAGGAGCAGGGGUACAAGGCCAAGAUUUUCCCGUGAUCAACGCCAGAGAGACAAAGCCUUGCACGUGUGGGGCUACCUACCUCGCCAAGGAGGCGAAAUACAAUGGAUCUGAGUCUGGGUACCACAGCAAAGAAUCGUCGGGCGCCAAAAGCCAGAACUCGUCUUUGAAAUGCAGAAGGAUUAGCAGUACACCUGUCACAGUGGCCAAGGUCAACAGAGAUGGACACAGAACUAACGCGUCCUCCCCUGAUUCAUCAGGACAAGGAAACACGGGGCAACCGAAACUAAUGACCAUCAAAUCUCAAUCUGGUCAGCCGAAUGAUGAGCCUGCUAAAAGAAAGAUUGGCUUCGUCGAAGUGGCUACUCCUCUGUACCGGGAGCUAUGCGCCGGUAGCCCAGAGAGCGACGUCCGGGAACGAUCAGCCGGGACCUCCAGCCCCGUGGUGUCCAAUGACGCCGACAGCGUCUGCGAGGAACUCCAGAAGAUAGUCCUUCGCCGGGCCAAGCACGACCCAACUUGCGCCACUCCCUUCGGAAUCCGCUGGCGGGAGGAUAUGGACGACAGCCCGCUCUCGGACGCGUCAGAGAAGAACCGCUUCGAUCGGGCCAUGCAGGCGCUCCAGCCGCCAGUCCCUCAUGUCAUCUGGCCAGAGAACAAGUAUUUCUCGCCGCACACGGUGUUCGUAUACGCCAGUCCGUCUAGGCUGGCCCCCAUGGUCAUACCGUCUCACAGCGUGGACUGCCCCCAGUGCAAGUUCUACCAAGCCUCAUCCAAGGGGGAUGUUUGCCCACCGAACAGUCCCACCCCAUGGAUGCACAAGGAGUACGGAUUCUAUCCCGUGGAAAGACAUUUCGGAUCAAAAGCCGAACAAUGAACUACAUGUCUAGCUUAAACUUAAAGGAGUACAGAGGCUUUGCAUGGUAGCCAUCUUGCGGGGCAAUUCUUGUUUUCAACAGAAAAACCUCCCUUGUGCAUGCCCUGUGGAACAAAAACAUUAGCCUACAUCAUGGCAGCCAUGCAAACCCUCUGUUUGCACUUUUUCAAAGCGAUGCCAUAUCUGAUUUGCGACAGACCAUAUUUACGGAUAGAUUCCAGUGCCUGUGUAUUAUUUUUAAUAAAUUUCUGCGUACUGGCUUAAAUUUCCACCCACAACAAAUUAUAGAUAUAGAAAGUCGUGCGUGCAUGUAAUUCAAAAAUUAAUACCAACUGAAGGAGCUGAAAAGAAGGCAGUUUCGACAAUAAAAAGCUGUACUUUUGUAGUUUAGUAUAAUUUGAGACUUUAACUUAUGCCUUAACAGUAAAGGGGUGCAGGUAAUUUGAUCAGUGUAUUGCCUUACAAGUUCAAGUGACUAGUAGUUUGACCAACGUAGGGAAAAAUAUUAUCUACGGUGAACAAGAACCGACAGUUUUUAUUUGUAGUGUCGAAAUUUCAAGAACUUAGAGACGAAUUGAAUCAUGUUGCUGGCUUGGAUACAACCACUUGGUCGAAAUGCAAUCGCUUUUUUUCUUCUUUUUAUUAUUUUUUUUCACAAGGACUGGGAGUAUCGGCUUAUAGACUCCGUAAAAAUUCUAUGUUUGGACAGACUUUUAGCCGAGGAGAAAAUAAUGUUGCCUCGUGAGCGCGGGUGGACACAAGCUGGUGCUCUCACGCGGGCUACCUGCGCCCACGAACCGAGGAACUGGCGGCGAGACAAUAAUUUACAAGGUCAGAACAAAAAGUCUUUACAAGAUGGCAACUCCUGACGUCUAACUUCCAAGGUAGAUUUCCAGCGUUUAUUUGCAUUUCUGUUUAAAACCCUUGUCAGAAAAUGCAUCAGCACAAUCAAUACCAAAUUUCAGCAGAGCAUCGUUUCACAUCCAUAUCGUAAUUGUAUCUCUCAGAUGCCGCCGGCUUAUUAAAUAAAUGAUGCUGCAAAUUA